AUGAUCAGCCGCAGCUACUCACGUCGUGUUUAUGUCCUUGAAGCAGAGAGAGGACGCUCCACUCUGAGAAUCACUGACCUGACAGAGGGAGAUUCAGCUGAGUAUCGCUUCAAAUUCAAAACACAAGGGUUUGAAUGGGGGAGCAGCUUACGUGGUACAACUCUGACUGUCACAGAUCCAGAUGUGCAGGUGCAGGUGAUCUGGACUUCUACCGGUCCAACACUGAUUUGUUCCAGCAGCUGUCUUCUCUCUGCUCGUUCUUCCUUUGUCUGGUACAAGAGAGAAAAAGAAAUUCAGGGAGAGACGUCUCCAUCUUUUAGAGGACACGUUGAUCCUGAGGACAGUUAUUCCUGUGCUUAUGAGGGUUACCGCUCUCCUCCAGUGUAUGCUCCGAAGGUCUCAGUGUUGAUGAAUCCCUCUGGUGACGUAAUGAAGGACAGUUCAGUGAAUCUCACCUGUAGCAUCGAUGCUAACCCAGCAGCUAAAUACACCUGGUACAAAGAGAAGCAGUUACUGCUCAGUGGAGAACCGCAGCUUGUUUUCACCUCCGUCCAGUCCUCCGACUCUGGAGAGUAUUACUGCACAGCUGAGAAUGAGCUGGGGAAGACGACAUCUGAACAUGUCUCACUUAAGGUGAAAUAUGGUCCUCAGACCUCCACUCUGUCAGUGAGUCCCUCUGGUGAGAUAGUGGAGGGCAGUUCAGUGACUCUGACCUGUAGCAGUGAUGCUAACCCAGCAGCUAAUUACACCUGGUACAAGGAGAACCUAAAACUGCUUCAAGGACCAGAAGGAGUUUAUCAUUUCUCCUCCAUCAGCUCUGAGGACAGAGGGAACUACUACUGCAAGUCUGAGAAUAAACAUGGACAGAUCAACUCUGCGUCUCUAUUCUUAGAUGUCCAGUAUGCUCCCAAGCUUCUCUCUGUGUCAGUGAGUCCCUCUGGUGAGAUAUUGGAGGGCAGUUCAGUGAAUCUGACCUGUAGCAGUGAUGCUAACCCAGCAGCUAAUUACACCUGGUACAAGGAGAAUGAAGACUCACCAAAAGCUUCAGGACAGAUCUUCACCAUCACUGACUUCAGACCUGAACACAGUGGGAAUUAUUACUGUGAAGCCCAGAACACAAGAGGACGUCGUAACUCCACCUUAAAUCUGACUGUUGUAGCAGGUGCAUGGAAAUCAGCAGCUGCUGGAUCAAUCACUGCUGUUCUCCUGGCUCUCAUCCUCCUCGCUGUCUUCCUGUGGAUCAGAAGAGAUAACUCCUUCACACAGCAGUGUAAGUGUGGAGAGAGACCUGACACCAGAGCACAGCUGAACGUGGGUCCAGUGUAUGACACCCCGUCAUCUGCAGCACAGAGACAAGCAGCAGGACAGCAGGGUGACCUUCACUACGCCAGCAUCUGCUUCUCACAGAACCAGGGAGAUGUUGUCUACUCCAACGUCAGAGUUCAUCCCCAGAGAGAAACAGAGGAAGAGGAGGAGGAGGAGGAUGGGGUUGAAUACUCUGCUGUCAGAUUUAACAAUGCCAGCAGUGCACCAGGAACAAGACGUCAAGAAGAUGGAAAUGAUUCAUGUGCACUGUACAGCACAGUCAACAACAACAAAAACACACCAUGAAUCUGUGCUCUGUUAUUUAUACUUGGAUUUUACAGCAUCAAGAGAAUCAGAAAAAGUACAAACAUAUAAACAACAGUGGUUUAUGUAGGGUUUGUAAAGACUUGUUUGGUUGCUCUUUUGUUUUUUAAAAGGUUGUUUGAAACAAAUUACAAAGAAAUUUCAUAUUUUCUCUCUGACUCCUGCUUUUAUCAAACCUUGUAUAUUUGCUGUAAAAAAUAUGUCUGAAACUUUACUUCAGUUAAAGCAUAGGAAGAAAACUCUGCCUGUCAUAUUGCCACAUAAAUAUAACAGCAUGUUACGCUGGGUAACGUAUGAUUAUUGUAAGGAUAAAAUAUGAUUAAAGUACAGUCAACAUUUGUGUUGUGUUAGUCGAUGGAGUGCAGAGCAUCAUCACUUUUCAUGGCAUGAUAUUCACUUGAAAGACACAAUCAGUCUUGGGUCUGAUACGUCCAGGCCUGGACUAAGAACACAGAGGCCCUGUACUAGUACUAAGUUGUGGUGUUGGUAAACUGGUAACCUGCUCACCCUGCUCAGGUGGAGAUGAGGGUGGUGCAGAUGAACAGGUGUGUGUCUCAUGGCUGUCGCUCUCUGAUGCUCAGCUGAACUAACGUCAGUGACUGCCGCGUUACUCUCCUCUUCCUCUGCAACGUUAGCAUCGUCCUCUCCAGGCUCUAUGCUAAUGCUAGUGUACCGAGUAGCCGAGGUUUGGGGGAAAAAAAGGUAGAGAUAGAUGGUUUAUUUGUCAGAACUUCAGUUUCUCAGAAUGCUUUUCUUUUUUCUCUUUGUUGCUCCAACGUUUGAUUUUCAUGAUGUUUGAAGAAGCUCUUUCAGCACGAGCCGACUUUGCCGCUA